GCGUCACCGCGUCGUAGACAGGACCGUUAUAAAUGGCUCUGCACACACUUCUGAAGCACGCCAAAGGGAUUUACAGAGCUUCAGCAAGACACAAAGGAGGGAAAAUUCUACGAAGAGAAAACUACCUUUCACUGAAUCAGGAUGUCUAAGCUUGCAGAGAGAACCCUUUUCAUUUUCUACAUUUCAACACAGAUUUGCUCCCAGAUCUUGGCGCAGGUGUGUCCGACAAGGUGCCUAUGUCCGCAGGAGCCUCCGAUGUGCGCCCCCAGGGUCCAGUUGAUUCUGGAUGACUGCGCAUGCUGUCUGGUCUGUGCCAGGCAGAAAGGAGAGGUGUGCUCGGAAAUAAAUCCCUGUGAUACACACAGGGGUCUGAACUGCGACUACACGGCCGAUGUUCACCAGAGGACAGGUGUCUGUGUCGCUCACGAGGGAGACAUCUGCCUGUUGGACGGUUCAGUGUACCAGAACGGGGAGACCUUCUUCCCCAGCUGCAAGUACCAGUGCACCUGCAGGGACGGUCAGAUCGCCUGCGUGCCGCGCUGUAACCUGGAUGUGAUGCUGCCGGGCCCUGACUGCCCUCUACCCAGGAAGGUGGCGGUCCCAGGGGAGUGCUGUGAGAAGUGGGUAUGUGAGCCCCAACCAGAGGCCAGUGCCCUGGGCAGCUUCGCCAUGGCUGCCUACAGACAGGAGGAGACAGUGGGGAUUGACUCGUGGGACCCCAGUACUAACUGCAUAGAGCAGACUACGGAGUGGGGCGCCUGCUCUCGGACCUGUGGCAUGGGCAUCUCCACCCGGGUCACCAACAAGAACCCCCGCUGUGAGAUGGUCAAGCAGACGCGUCUGUGCAUCGUCAGGCCCUGCGACAAACAGCAGCAGCAGCAAAAGGAUGUUGCUAAGAGAGGAAGCAAGUGCCUGAGGAUGAAGAAGGCGGUGAAACCCAUCCGGUUCAGCUAUAAGAACUGCACCAGCGUCCUGACCUACAAGCCCCGGUACUGUGGUGUGUGUACGGACGGGCGCUGCUGCACCCCCCACAGCACCGAGACAGUGCAGGUGGACUUCCAGUGUGCUCGGGGUAAAGCCAUCAAGAAAGCCGUGAUGUUCAUCAACACCUGCGCCUGCCACUACCACUGUCCCAGAGACAACGCUGUGUAUCAGCCAUCAGACCUGGUCUACAGCGGUUACAGGUUAUAACACUGUCCCAGAGACAACGCUGUGUAUCAGCCGUCAGACCUGGUCUACAGCGGUUACAGGUUAUAACACUGUCCCAGAGACAACGCUGUGUAUCAGCCGUCAGACCUGGUCUACAGCGGUUACAGGUUAUAACACUGUCCCAGAGACAACGCUGUGUAUCAGCCAUCAGACCUGGUCUACAGCGGUUACAGGUUAUAACACUGUCCCAGAGACAACGCUGUGUAUCAGCCAUCAGACCUGGUCUACAGCGGUUACAGGUUAUAACACUGUCCCAGAGACAACGCUGUGUAUCAGCCAUCAGACCUGGUCUACAGCGGUUACAGGUUAUAACACUGUCCCAGGGACAACGCUGUAGUCAGGUGACUCUACACGUUCAUGACUCUAAAUGUUCUUGACAACAUAUCCCUGAAGGUGUAUGGUUGGUCUCAGGAGGCAGAAUCUCAAUUGCAUACUUAUCGCGUCCUCUCUCCUCACCUCCUUCUCAAAACCCAUUUCAUGAGAAAGCCAGAUGUCCCUCCCCUCUGACAUUCUUUUCCAAUGGGUUUUGAGAAGGAGGCGAGGAGAGAGGGCGCGAGGAGAGAGGGCGCGAGGAGAGAGGAAAGAGGACGCGAGGAGUAUGUAAUUGAGAUUCUCACAGUCAGCACUUAGCUACCUUUACACAAUGGAUGAGCAUGCAUUCUGCAUCUGAUAUAACGGGAAACGUUGUGCUUUAGUGUAUCACAACGACAGAGUUUUCCUUUUCUGCUUACUGCAAACGGUCUCAGUGAUCAUACACAGCUCCUGGGUCAGUUUUAGACAGCCUCUGACUCAAACGGCCUCAGCGAUCAUACACAGCUCCUGGGUCAGUUUUAGACAGCCUCUGACUCAAACGGCCUCAGCGAUCAUACACAGCUCCUGGGUCAGUUUUAGACAGCCUCUGACUCAAACGGCCUCAGCGAUCAUACACAGCUCCUGGGUCAGUUUUAGACAGCCUCUGACUCAAACGGCCUCAGUGAUCAUACACAGCUCCUGGGUCAGUUUUAGACAGCCUCUGACUCAAACGGUCUCAGUGAUCAUACACAGCUCCUGGGUCAGUUUUAGACAGCCUCUGACUGUCCCAGAGGUAUUUCCGAAAUAGCGGUUAGGCUACCUACAAUCGUUUCAAGUGCAAUGUAUGCACGUCCAACAGUUUUCCAGCUGCACGUCACAAACAAAUGUCUCAUGAAAGCAACACCUGCUCACUGUUGUAUUUGUUCUGGUGAAAACCUGUGUUUCUAUUCCCCUCAUUCCACUGACCUUUGACCUUUUAGAUGUUUGCAGACUCUUGCCCUCUCCCAGGCUCUCCAGUCAACCUGGUCUUGGCCCACACAACAGUCAUGUCGACAGCCAGGUCAAAGGUUGUUCUCAUAAUGUACUGCCGCUUUCUACAGCCAGCCUGUAAGUCUCCGCUCUUGGACCUCUAGCCCCGCCCCGUACACUUCAGACCUGGGUCAAAUACAUGUGUCAAAUACUUGAGAUGAUUUAACUUGACCAGUGUGCAGGCUGUGGGUUGAGUUGGCAGUUUAUGAGACUAUUCCAUUGGUUCCAUUGUACAGGGCAAGCUAAGUCAAGUGCACCUCCAAAGUCUUUGGCAUAUAUAUGUCACCCAGUUCUGAUAUACUGUCAUUGACUGCAAUGCAAUGUAGAUUUUCCUAAAACAGGAUGUUAAUUUUCUACUCCUCUACGGUCUCUUCCAAAGGCUUGUAUCCAGUCGUCUCUUGUAGAAAGAUACAAGUUAUGUAAAUACUUUACUGUAUAGUUGGCACGAGCGUGUAUUAAAUACACAGUGUCUGUAUGUCUUUGUAAACCUAAUGUAAAUAUGAAUUCUAUAUAGUGUCUGUAUGUCUUUGUAAACCAAAUGUAAAUAUGAAUUCUAUAUAGUGCCUGUAUGUCUUUGUAAACCAAAUGUAAAUAUGAAUUCUAUAUAGUGUCUGUAUGUCUUUGUAAACCAAAUGUAAAUAUGAAUUCUAUAUAGUGUCUGUAUGUCUUUGUAAACCUAAUGUAAAUAUGAAUUCUAUAUUGUGUCUGUAUGUCUUUAUAAACCAAAUGUAAAUAUGAAUUCUAUAUAGUGUCUGUACGUCUACUCUGGUUGUGUUUUGCCCAGCCUUUUCGGUCAUUAUAAUAAUACUGUACUUACUCAUGAUUUGAUAUUAAAUAUGUAUAUUUUCUAUAA